CUAAAGCUAGAAUUCACACUAAUAUGAACGUAAUGUUUGAAAUUAUGUCGUUUAGGCGGCCGGUGGUCUUUGUCGGGCCGGGCCUUGUUCUCGGCGUGGCGCCACAGUCGUCCUUGUCUUUACGGGAAGGAUUCGUUUUUGUCUGAACCGAAAGCCCGAUGAGGACAGUUGGAGUCCGCAGCCUGCCAGCCCUGACGAACGGGCCGCCGGUGUAACAUCGAGAACAGCAUCCGUCGACGCGUCAUCCCAUAAUUUUCCACCGUUUGUAUGCUUUUCGACCCGAGGACGGGACGAGAUGAGCGAGAGGAAGUUCUCUCGGGGCCUGUGCAGGCCGGGGAUGGCAGCCCAGCUGCGGGAAUCCGUCUCCCAGGUCGUGAGAGAGAGCGCAGUCCAAAAUAAACUACAUCUGGUGGAGCCUCUAGAUUUUGAAAACUAUAUUUUGAAAAAUAAAACAAUACUGCAGAAUGAUCCACAACGAGAGUUACUGCUCUACCCUUCUGAUGACAUAUCACAAACUGUUUGGCCUAAAAAAAUCAGAACAGUACAUCCAACUUCGCCGCCGUUGAACGAACUGCAAGAUUGUUCCCUAUUUUCAAAAGAAUGCCUCAAAACUUACAACGCCAACUGGAACGCCAUCCAUUACAAGUACAGCGCGUACUCCGGAAGCUAUUUGGAGCUGCCAAAGAUUUUAAAAUCGGACGAAUUAAAAGACGAAGUGUAUGAAGUCGAUACGGAUUUAGACCAACUCGAUGAUGACGAAAAAAGACCAACCGAUGGUGUCAGCAAAGAGGGCUAUCUUAUGAAAGGGCCUGAAGUUGGGAGUGACAAAAUGUUCCCUAAUAUUGGUUCUAAAUCAUUCAAACGGCGUUAUUGUUAUUUAAGGCGUGAGGUUGAUGGGACUUACAUUUUAGAAUUGCACAAAGAUGAAAAGAAAGGUGAAGCAAAGGAUACCAUUGUUAUGGAUUUCUGUUAUGAAGUAGUGAAGAACAAUAAAAAAGGGAAGUUGUGUUUUGAAUUGCACAUGACUGCUGGCCAUAAAUCGUUUUGUUUGGCAGCCGAAUCUGAGCAAGAUGUAAACGAUUGGAUAAGCAAGCUCCAGCUUGUUUUGCAACAGAACAGACUACAGGAGGAAAAACGCGCUGGCUCUUUGGAAAGAACUUGUUCAACGUCAUCGCUUCCUCAAACGCCCAACUCUGAAACGAUGCUUAAUGUUUAUGGAACACUCCGUGGCCUGGAACAAAGUGUGAAUCCUCAAUUGAUGAAGUACGCAAGGGAAACAGACACCUCCAUCUCACUGGCUAGAAAAGAAAAUAGAAGGCGUUUAUUUUCUGUCUAUCCUUUUAUGCCUCAUACCAAAGUUGCGAAUCCCAACGAAGUGGCCGAACCAUUUCGUGAACACUUUGGGCAAAGGAUCCUCGUAAAGUGUCUCAAUCUGAGGUUCCGCCUCCAGGCUGCUAUCACUUCCGAAAAAGACGCGUACUUUCAGAUCGAACCGUAUUUUUUAGUCAUAAGCUUGUUUGAUGUGCGUGAGGGGCGCAAGCUCACCGAGGACUUCCAUUGGGAGGUAUCCUGUGAUGCCGUCACAGGGAUGAUUCUGCCUCCCGACGGACCCACAUUACCGGUUGGAAUGCCUGACGGCAAUCUCGACAACUGGCUCGAUAACCCAACACAGGCUAUUUUCAGCGUAAGUAACGUUCACUCCGAGAUUUAUAUUGUUGUGAGAAUAGAAAAAAUCCUUCAGGGAAGUAUAGCCCAAGCAGCAGAACCAUACAUGAGGACGGCGAAAGACCCAAAACUUGGCUUCAAAGUUCAUAAAACUAUUCAAACAUCUGCCCAAAGGCUUGGCAAGUACAGAAUGCCAUUUGGCUGGACGGCCCGGCCGCUCUUCAGGCUUUACAGCAACGAACCCGAUACGGUAUCUGACUUCAGUGCCAUUUACAGACAGGAGCCUGGCAAGCUUAAAGACGAGGAGCUCAUCAAAACACUUGCCGAGUUCAGAAAACCAGACAAACUUGGUAAAUUACCAGUGAUACCCGGAUGGCUGCAGAUCAAGGUCGAGCUUUUAAACGACAUUCCACAGAACACACUCACAAGUGGCCUUAACCCCUUGAAGCCAUUCCCACUUCCGCCAAGUUCCGAGCCAACCCUUGAAGUAGCCGAGUUGGCGCCAAAAAUUUAUCCUUAUACUUAUUUUUACAACCACCUGUACAUUUACCCUCAGUCGCUCUUGUUCGACACACAGAAGAGCUUCAACAGAGCACGCAACAUUGCAUGUGUGGUUCAAAUUAAAGAUUCAGAUUCAAUUACGUCCCAACCGAUUCCUUGCAUUUACGGGAGGAGGAAACAAGGAGAGUUCGUAAGCUGGGAUAGUUGUUGCAUUCUGCAUCAUAACACGACUCCGUCUUGGUACGAUGAAAUUAAAAUUCGUCUUCCAACGUGUAUUUUACCUUCGCAUCAUAUCCUUUUCACGUUCUACCACAUAUCUGUCGAAGGCUCGAAGAAAAAAGACACAGGGCUUGAAACGCCCGUAGGAUACGUUUGGGUCCCUCUACUAAAUAAAAAUAGGUUGAAUUUGGAUGAACAAACAUUGCCAGUUGCUGCGAACUUACCCCCUGGAUAUUUAUCGGUGCAGCCUUUAGGUUUAGGAAAAGGGUUUUCUGGUCCUGAAGUGGUAUGGAUUGAUGGGCAAAGGUCACUCUUUACUGUCAGCUUCAGCCUCCUCUCCACUGUCCACACAAUGGAUCAGCACCUUCACAACCUUUUUUCACACGCUGAAAAACUACAUUCGCCCAAGACUGUCCCACCACCUGAUAUUGAAACAUGCAAAAUAUUAAAGGCCACUCAUGCUGUACAACUUAACUCAGCAAUAGCUUUCCUUCCGACUGUUUUGAACCAGCUGUUUUCCCUCCUUGUAAAGUCUCCAAGUCACGAUGUCGCUACAAACAUCAUCAGGCUUUUAAUUCACAUCGUUUCAAUGGUUCAUGGGUCUGACAGAAGCGAGACGCUUAACACUUAUGUCAAGUUUGUCUUUGUCGGCGAAUCAUCAAACGGACGUACAGUUCACGAAGAGCUUGCAAAUCAUCUUCCAUCCCUCCUCUACCAAAAUAACACUGAUUUUCUAAUUGUAAAUAAAUUCUUAUCACAUUCCGGAUUUUUUUUCCAAGUUAUGGUAAAAUCUAUGGCUCAACAUUUACUCAACACUGGUAGAAUCAAGAUGCAUCGUCAUGAGAGAUUUCAGGCUGAAUUUUUAAGCAAAAUCGAAAACCUUCUAAAUGUUUUGAAUCCUUACUUAUUGUCAAAAUAUCGUGAAAUGCCGCAAGAGACGAAGCAGUUAAAUACCAGCAUUGCAAAUUUUCUUAAGAGGUGUCUGAGUUUUCUCGACCGGGGAUUUGUUCUGAAGUUGAUCGCCUGGUACGUCUCGACGUUCAGCGGUGAAGCCAGGAUCUUGCACGACCUCAAAUACACCUUCAUCAAUAUAAUUUGCUCGCAUGAACAUUACGUCGCUUUCAAUUUGCCCUUGCUACGGAUCAAGGGGCGAAACAACGACGGCUGUGAUUAUUGGCUUUCAGAGGAAUUCUGCAAGCAGCACUACCUCGCCGGCCUUCUCCUACUUGAGACAAAAUCAGCCCUCAAUCAGGAAUCGACCAUCCGGCAUGCCUCCAUCACAACCCUCAGAGACCUACUCGCUAAACACGAACUCGACGACAGAUACCAGUCAAAAGGUCAACUCGCAAGGAUAGCUGCUUUAUAUAUUCCAUGGCUGGGAAUAGUCGUGGAGAACCUGCAAAGGUUGACGGACAUAACUCAAACUGCUUCCCCUGGAGUUAGUUCGGCGGCAAGUUCGGUCAUUUCGACCCCUAGCAAGCCUCCUCACAGGUUCACUUUCCAUCAGGACAGCGUAUCCCUCAGGACAUCGCUAAACGUCCGGGACUCUACUUAUUUAGCAGCCAUCGCUGGGCCAGUAGUGGCCAAUGGGACUGAUGCUGGUUCAAAAAUAAGUCUCGAUUCCCAAGCAUCAACUGUCUCCGGUGAUGGGACGACUAUUUCACAAGAAACAGCCAUUCACCGAGAAGGGGAAAAUAUUAUCGUCUCCACCAAACACGCUAGAUCUGUAAGCGGAACGCAGGCUACUCCAGUGUUAAAAUGUGAUAAGCUACUUCCUUCUGAAGUAAAAGAUAUCCUCAUUUGUUUUCUUUUUGUACUGAAACACUUGUCACAUGACCAGAUAAUAUCAUGGUGGCAUAAUUGCACUCAGGACGAGAUAUUAAGCUUUUUCAAGAUAAUUCAGAUGUGCCUCCAUGAGUUUAAAUACACAGGAAGGAGACAGAUUGCGAAUGAAACGGAAAAUUCAUCAGCAGCCAGUAUGAACCCAGUGGUGAACAGAAGGGCAGGGAGCAGAUCGAUGACACUCCCUGCUAGGAUGCAGCCUCCAGAUUUUACAAAUGAUGCAGAAAAGACGGGAAACAACACUCCUGUUACGAACAAUUAUCAUCACCCUUUGCUCAGUGGGAGCAACAGCAUUGGCAGAGAAUCAGCACCAUUGAGAGAUAGUGAAUCCUCUUCAUUAUACCAGGCACUUUUAGAAGCGAAUUUAGCAACUGAGGUCGGCCUGACAGUUUUGGACACUCUCGGCCUUUAUUGCCUCCACUUCAGGGACAUUUUGAUGUCUGACGGUGGCGACAAUCCAGUUAUGUCUUCACUUUUCAACCUCUAUUUGUCCUUUUUACAAGUAGGACAGUCAGAAACACUUUUCAGGCAUGUGUUCGCCGCACUCAGAGCUUUUAUCAACAAUUUCUCCAAACCGUUGUUUCAAGGCAACGCUACUCUCUGCGGCCAACUCUGUUUGGAACUGCUCAGAUGCUGCAACAGCCGUUUGUCAGCUAUACGGCAAGAAUCUUGUGCCAUUCUUUACCUCUUGAUGAGGAGCAACUUUGAAUUCUCUUCUAGAAAAGGCUUAACGAGGGUGCACUUGCAGGUGAUAAUAUCAGUAUCUCAGCUCUUGGGAAACAUAGUCGGUCUCAACAAUGCAAGAUUUCAAGAGUCUUUGUCCCUCAUUAACAGUUAUGCUACAAGUGAUAAAGUGAUGAAAGGAACAGGGUUUCCAACUGAAGUGAAAGAUCUCACUAAAAGGAUCAGGACUGUCUUGAUGGCAACAGCUCAAAUGAAGGAGUUACACCAUGAACCAGAAGUGCUCACAGACUUACAACACUCACUGGCCAAUUCGUACGCUUCUACACCCGAGCUCAGGUUCACUUGGUUGCAGACAAUGACACGAAACCAUUCCAAUCUUGCCAAUUAUUCUGAGGCUGCUUGUUGCCAACUGCACAUUGCCGCCCUGAUGGCUCAGUAUUUAAAACUGAAAGGCGAACAGGACUGGGGCGCCGAAGCCUUCUCGCCAAUAUCAGCAAACAUCAUCAGAGAUGAAACAUCCUUGAAAUUAGAUUCAGGUGUACAAGAUGUUCAAUAUACAGAGCAAGGUUUGGUCGAGCAACUUGAGGUGUGUGCUGAGCUUUUGGAAAAAGCUGAGAGGUACGAGUGUCUCUACUUCCUCUACAACUUGAUCCUACCGAUUUAUCAGAGAAGGAGGGACUACACGUCAAUGUCCAGGGCUUAUUUCACCCUCUCACAAGCUAUUGCCAAAAUCAAUGCCGUACAAGGAAAACGCCUUCUUGGUCGAUAUUAUCGCGUUGUCUUUUACAAUCAGGCAUUUUUCGAUAAAGAAAGUGGCGUGGAGUAUAUUUACAAAGAGCCGAAGUUGACAUCGCUCUCAGAAAUAUCAGAAAGGCUCAUGAACCAGUACUCUAACAAAUUCGGUGCGGGGGCUGUGAAAAUCAUAAUGGAUUCUGCACCAGUAGUAGAAAGUGAUCUUGACAACAAAAUUGCAUACAUUCAAGUCACUAGUGUUGUGCCCUACUGGGAAAAAGCGGAGUUGGUCUCACGGCAAACAGAUUUUGAGCAGAACCACAACGUUGACCAAUUCAUGUACGAAACACCUUUCACAAAAGAAGGCAAACCUCGAGGCACCCCAGCAGAACAACAUAAACGACGAACAAUCUUAACAACGGAUUAUGUUUUCCCUUAUGUUAAGAAAAGACUGAAAGUCGUCAAAAGAGUCGAAUACGAUUUGUCACCUAUUGAAGUCGCUUUGGACGAAAUGCACCAGAGGGUGGCAGAACUCGAAGAAGUCGUCUUUACAAAGCCGCCUGAUGUCAAAAAACUUCAACUUAAACUUCAAGGCAGUGUAUGUGUUCAGGUCAAUGCAGGACCACUUGCAUAUGCAAAUGCAUUUUUAGACCCAGAUAACUUGCACAAUUAUCCAGAAGAAAAAGUUGAAGAAUUAAAGGAUAUUUUCAGGGAGUUCAUCAGAGUAUGUUAUGCUGCCCUCCAGCUGAAUUCAAAGCUAGUUAGAUCCGACCAGACAGAAUACCAGAUGGCACUACGCCAGAAUUUGCACAAAAUGGCACAGGAUCUCUCCAACAUGUUCUCAGAAACGCUCUGGCCCGAUUCCGAGCUGGGCAGCUUCAAGAGGAACUCGCAGGCCCUUUUCUCUGCCAUUUCUGGUGCCAGUUCCAACUCGAGCUCAGCAUGAGUGGAAAAAGGGAGUAACCUUGGUGUUUUAAACAAAAAACAAAAAUUGUUUAUUUUUUAUAGUCUUCCAUUAUUUAUUUUUCAUCAUUCACACUUUCAUAAAAAUUUCUUAUUGUUCCUUUUGUUUGUUUUUUUAUUAUUUUAUUUUUAAGCGUCUUUGUUUUUAAACUAGAAAGAAAAUGUGAUAUUUCCAAAUGUGGCUCUCUGGGACACAUGCACAUAAAAUGCUUUUUUUUAUAUUGAAAAUGAAUUGACUCCUAUAAUGUGAUAAAAUUAGAAACUUUUAAUCGCAAUGCAUGUAAUUGUGUAAAACACGGAAAAUUGCACAAAAAUUCACACUGCAUACAUUGUACAUCAUAUUAAAAGACUUGUAUUUCAUCUUUUGCUCAUUUACGGUUUUUAAAAAAAAGGCCUAUUCAAUAAAAAAUUAACAUUCUUCCUUUUACCAACUUUUAAGGAACCACACGUUUCCAAUUGUUCAUAUUGUCCUGUUUUAAAGGUUUAUCAAUAGUUUAGAAUGUAUUAUUGUGAAUAAAUGAAGAGGGUAUCAAAGGGGAAAAACACUUGCUCAAUCCCUUUCAACAUCGACGCCUUUUAAUAGCGCACAAUAGUACAUUUUUUACGUUGAAAUUCUAGUCACUGAUUUUUAUAUUGAUCGUGACAAAAUUACAGAUUUCUUUUCUCGUAUUUGAUACAAGUCUAUAUCUAGUCAUUUAUUUUCAUUGGAGCAAAACUUGAACGUAUUCGUUUUCUAAAUUUCCUGUUUAUUUUUAUUUUCAAGUGUUUGCAUUAAAAAAAGGAAAGAAAACUUUAGUACAAACUUGAACACACUCAGGCAUUUCUCAACGUACUUAAGAUUUAACGAAAUUAAUUUCAAUUAAGUAUAGCAUAGUAAGAAAUGCCCUUGCAUUUAUUUACAAAUGAUUGAUUUUCUUUAUUUCGUGCAGAUUGCUUUACUCCAAUUUAGUGCCAAAAUUGUAUUAUUAUCAUAUGUUUAAUUCAAGUUUUGUAUUGAUGGAAAAAAAUUCGAGUAAUAAAAUCAAGUUUAAAUUAAUAACUAAACCUUUGUACUAAAUAUGUUUAUAAUAAAUAAUUCAAGCUUCUACAAUAAUAACAUUUUUCUAUUAAAAAAAUAAAUAUAAUAUUUUCUAAUAAAUAUAUAAGGUUAAAGCUCAAUUUUUACAAAGCAUACGUUUUUAAGUAAUAAUAAAUAAUACUACCUGUUAUACAAUAGUAUUAUUAUUUUAAGUAUUUAUAUUUAAUGUUUUUAGCACAUGAAACCGGCAACGUUACUAAGUUAGAAGUUGUACAUUUACACAAAGUAACAGUUAGCUUGUAACUUGUGGGAUAAAUUUUGUUAUGUAUAUUUGAGUUUAUUAAACUGUUGUAUUAUUUAAUAACGAUUGUAGUUGAUAAAACGUGUAUAUAAUUUAUAUAUCACAAAUAAAUAUUUAAAAAAUA